CCCAAUAAAAGAAAAGGGUGAAGGUUGGGGCUAUUGAGCGCGAGGUCAAUUUCACAUGAAUGGCUGCUCUCCUCUCCCUUCAAACCAUCUCCCAACUUCAAACCAACCUCUCUACUUCGAGGGUUAUGGUAAAGCCCCGAGCUGCCCUCCAUGGAGCUCAGAGAAUGCGAGUCCCUUACGAGCUCAAGCAGGAACAGUCUCGUCUUUUCCACCAGCUCCCCUCUGGCCUCAACAUGGAGGUAAUUGUGCAGAAGGGAGUUGCAGAAAAAGAAUCUGAUGAGAAAAAGGAGAGAACAAGUGAAAAUCCGCCUCUUGUUUUUGUUCAUGGAAGCUACCAUGCUGCUUGGUGCUGGGCUGAGCACUGGAUGCCUUUCUUUUCAGCUUCUGGGUAUGAUUGUUAUGCGAUUAGCUUGUUGGGCCAGGGUGAAAGUGAUGUACCCAGUGCUUCUGUUGCUGGUACUCUCCAGACACAUGCAAGUGAUGUUGCUGAUUUCAUCUGCAAAACACUCACGUUUCCACCAGUGUUGAUUGGCCACUCUUUUGGAGGUCUCAUCAUUCAGUACUAUAUUGCAAACGCUAAACCUGACCAAUUUUUAGACAUGAAAGAUUUUUUCCCUGAGCUUACGGGGGCUGCACUUGUCUGCUCUGUACCUCCUUCGGGCAAUAGUGGCUUAGUGUGGCGCUAUCUCUUUUCCAAACCUAUUGCUGCUUUUAAGGUCACACGUAGCUUGGCAGCGAAAGGAUUUCAAACUUCUCUUCCUCUUUGUAAGGAGACAUUUUUUUCUGCAACAAUGGAGGAUCACCUAGUUUUACGUUAUCAAGAGCUAAUGAAGAAAAGUUCAAGAAUGCCAUUAUUUGAUCUGCGGAAGCUCAAUGCAGCGCUUCCAGUUCCUUCAGUGCCAAAAUCGGCUAUUGAACUCCUUGUCUUGGGUGCAAAUGACGAUUUCAUCGUGGAUGCUGAAGGUCUCAAAGAAACAGGCCGGUUUUAUGGUGUCUCUCCGAUCUGUGUUGAAGUGGUUGCCCAUGACAUGAUGUUGGACUGUUUGUGGGAUAAGGGUGCAAAAGUUAUCCUAUCAUGGCUAAAAGAUUUGAAGAAAUAGGAAUAUUCAGUGUCAUUUUGCUCGUGUUGAUUUAGUUGGCACUUGUGCCUUGUAACUAGCAGGAGGAAAAUUCAUUUGUUCUGGCAGGGAAAUUGAGAGAACUAAAUUUGAAUUUCACAUAUCAUCCUGUAAACGCCUAAUAGUGUGAGACAGACCACAGGAAAUGAAGAUCCUACGACUUUAUUAUUUCAAAUGGUAAAAGGGCACUAGUUAAUAUUUCAUUACA